CGAGUCCGCCCGCGCUUGCUCACGCGCAGUCAAUGGAGUCGAUGUGUGCUUUUGGAAAUAUAAACAUUUAUGAUAAUUCAUUGAUAGAUCGGUUAAUAACUAUUUAUAUCAGUCGUCUGUUAGCGGAGUUGUGCGGUUGCUUGCGUUAGUAAGCCGCUCAUAUCAGUGUUUAACACGGCGUCGAGAGACACCGCGGCCUGACGAUUAAACGUCUUUAAAAUAUUUGUAAUUGUUAUAGUUUAAUAAUUGUUAAUCUUUAUUUAAGUUUGUGAACCCAUGUAACUAUGGCAGAAGAGGGAGCGGUUGUUAUGCAGCAGAUUGUGGACAGGAGUUGUUGGGUGUGUUUUGCCACAGAUGAGGAUGACCGUACGGCUGAGUGGGUGCGUCCAUGCCGUUGCCGUGGUUCCACUAAGUGGGUUCAUCAGUCGUGUCUGCAGCGUUGGGUGGAUGAGAAACAAAGAGGCAACAGCACGGCACGCGUAGCCUGUCCGCAGUGCAAUGCAGAGUAUCUCAUCAUGUUUCCCAAACUUGGGCCAGUUGUAUACGUGUUGGAUCUGGCAGACAGACUGAUCUCAAAGGCCUGCCCAUUUGCUGCUGCUGGUAUCAUGGUGGGAUCCAUUUACUGGACGGCCGUCACGUACGGUGCUGUUACAGUUAUGCAGGUUGUGGGUCAUAAGGAAGGUCUGGAUGUGAUGGAACGGGCGGAUCCUCUCUUCCUUUUGAUCGGCCUACCCACCAUCCCAGUAAUGCUCAUUCUGGGGAAGAUGAUUCGCUGGGAAGAUUACGUGCUCCGCCUGUGGAGGAAAUACUCCAAUAAGCUUCAGAUCCUCAACAGUAUCUUCCCAGGUAUUGGCUGUCCAGUGCCGAGGAUCCCGGCGGAGGCCAGUCCGCUGGCGGAUCACGUGUCGGCCACACGGAUCCUGUGCGGAGCCCUGGUGUUCCCCACCAUCGCCACCAUCGUGGGUAAACUGAUGUUCAGCAGUGUCAACUCUAAUCUUCAGAGGACCAUUCUGGGUGGCAUUGCAUUUGUGGCUAUUAAAGGGGCAUUCAAGGUUUAUUUCAAGCAGCAACAGUAUCUCCGACAAGCUCAUCGCAAGAUCCUCAACUUUCCAGAGCUUGAAGAGGCCUGAGCUCAUCAUCACACCUCUGCACGACUACAUCCACUGUCAUUCAGUUUGAAGAGUCACUACUGCACCACAAUACCGUCACAUUCAGACAUUUUCACAGAUGCUGGUUUUGGUUUUCUAUUCCCUGAGAAUGUGACAAUUGCAUUUCGAGUGCGAAUUGAGAUUGAACUAUGUUUCUGUUGAUAUAAUCAGACCUGGGAAGUUGUGUGCUUCUCAUUUUAUGGGCUUUGACAUUUUUUAGAAAGAGUAAUAAUUUAAGGUUUUAUAUGAUAUAGUGGCUGUUUUAUAAUGAAUUCAAAAUGUCUCAACUGAAUCACUAUCAUUAAAGUGUGACUGCUUUGCGAUGUGACCGCUUAACCUUUGGUUUCUUGUUUCAAGAUGACGUCCCGUUUCACAUAAAGCACUUAUGUUAAUAUUCUACCCUCAUUAAUAAUUAGACUUGUGAAUGCAUUAUGCUCUAAUAUUAAAGGCAAACAUAAAUAAAAGCUGGGAUUUGCUUGUAAGAAGCUUAUAAAAUUAAAAGAAAAAAUUAAUUAUAAUUUAUCUAAAGAAAAUGAAGCCUGUUUUUAGGCCCAUUUGCAUUAUUUUCAUGACAAUUAAGCACAUUUCCCCCCAAAUUCUCAUUACCAUUAUGAGAAAAAGACAGUAAUAUAAAUAUUCCUGUCUGGACACCGUUUUUUGAGGAAAAUCCGCUUAAAGGAAAAGUUCACCCAAAUAAGGAAAAUUCUCUCAUUUACUCGCCCUCAUGCCAUCCCAGAUGUUAAUAAAUGUUUUUCUUCUGCUGAACAGAAACAAAGAUUUUUAGAAGAAUAUCUCAGCUCUGUACGUCCAUAAAAUGCAAGUGAAUGGUGAUCAAAACUUUGAAGCUGCAAAAAGACCAUAAACAGCAUAAAAGUAAUCCAUAAGAUUCCAGUGGUUUAAUCCAUGUCUUUUGAAGCGAUCCAAUCGGUUUUGGGUGAGAACAGACUGAAAUAUAUCUCCUUUUUCACUAUAAAUCUUGCCAUCAGCAGUCUCCCGGGCAAUCAUGAUUACAUUUCCUAUAGCACCAUCUAGUGCUCUGUACAUGCGUCAAGCACUAGGAAGUGUAAUUGAGCUUGAAAUCAUGAUUGUGCUUAGAGACUUCAAUGACAAGAUGUACAGUGAAAAAGGAGUUAUAUUUUAGUCUUUUCUCUCCCAAAAUCGAUUGGAACGCUUCAGAAGACAUGGAUUAAACCACUGGAGUUUUAUGCUGCCUUUAUGUGCUUUUUGGAGCUUCAAAGGUCUGGUCACCAUUCACAGACCUACAGAGCUGAGAUAUUCUUCUAAAAAUCUUUGUGUUCAGCAGAAGAAAGUAAUACAUCUGGGAUGGCAUGAGAGUGAGUAAAUGAUGAGAAUUUUCAUUUUUGGGUGAACUAUCCCUUUAAAUUCAGAUUAGCACGUACAGUAAUUGUAAGGUGUAUACUUACGAUUAUACUUUACAGAUCAACUUCACAGUUUAAAUUUUCCACACUGAUACAUUUUUUUAGAAACAACAUUUUAACGUUAUAGUAAUAAGAAUUAAUUGCCAUGAAAAUAAUGAUGAUAAUGCAAAUAAGCUUCAUUGUUUUUGUAUAAAACAUAUUUUCUUUUGAUUUUGGGGUGAAGUAUGACCCAAACAUUUCUUGACAGUGUUCGUAAGAUUCACCUUAUCUCUUGCUUUUACAUUCAAGCAAGCGCUCAACUAUGUUUUGUUUCCCUCCAUUGUAGUGUUCAUUUUUACCAUGUUGAAAGCAACUUGGUUCAGUUUGUACGCCAAAGAAAUGUGUUCUAUAAUUAGUUUUUAAUGCACUUUACAAUUAGUGUUUGAGGGAUAUGUAACUUUGGCACCUGAUGCCUCAUAACUUUUGUUAAUAACCCUGUUUUAUUAUAUAUUCCCAGAGAUAUUUGGUCUUGUGUGGUGCAAGCUAUUGAAGUAUUAGUGGCCUUUGUAGUUACACCAGGACAAAUGAUGUCUUAAUAAAGGCCAUGUAGUCCAGAUGGACAACUGUAUUUGGCUGAACAUGCUAAAUGUUUGGAUUUGUGUUUCCUUUUCUGAAUAUUUCUAUUUGAUGAUUUAUCAAGAGCAUUUGUUUUAUCUCCAUCAUAUUUCAUCUGUGACUGUAGUGUAUCUGAUGUAUGUAAAUUAGAAAACAGUAUAUAAAUACAUACUAGGACAGUUAUUUAAAGGCAUGCCCAGCAGCAGUACACUACAGUGAGUUUGUGAUCAAAUGUGUGGUAAGGGUCUGAAUUGCUUUAUUUGAAAGACCUUUUGUAAAUAAAUCACAGGCUUAUAAACCUGA